AUGCCCCAAAAUAAAGACGAUCAAUCCACCUCAACUUAUUCACCUGCCACUGAAAUUGCAAAUAUUAGAGAUAUUGGUAAUUAUGUUGGUAUUACAUUUAAUAAAAUAAAAGACGACGAACUUUAUGACGUUCUUUGUGAUCCGUGGGUUCCACAUGAAAAUUUUCUUUUCCCUCUAAUUUCUCAAGGAGAUAAAAAUCGUUCUUUUAAACUUCACUGGAUAAAUGAGUAUCCCUGGUUGUCAUAUAGCCAAAAAUUCGGAGGAGCUUUUUGUAGAAUAUGCGUUUUAUUUGGUAGCGACGAGGGAGAAACAGCAUUAGACACUGCUAUGACACGUAAAGUUGAACAAAAUAGGCAAAAGUUAAUCCCUAUUAUUGAAACCAUACUAUUUUGUGGCCUACAAAAUAUUUCCUUGCGAGGGCAUAGAGAUGAUUGUUCUAUAUAUUCUAUUGAUGACAAUAUUAAACAUCAUAAAGGAAAUUUUAAGGCUUUAUUAGAAUUUCGUAUUAACGCUGGAGAUCAAAUUUUAAAAGAGCAUUUCAAAACCGCAACAAAAAAUACUACUUAUAUUACUGAUGAGACGACUGAUGUAAGUAUUUCUGAACAAUUUUCAUUUUGUGUUCGGUAUUUUGAUUCGAGCACAUGCUCAGUACAGGAACAUUUUCUUGGAUUCACAAAAAUUGAACAUGUAACUGGUGAAUAUUUAGCUGACACCAUAAUACAAAUAUUAAAAGAAAAAAAUUUAGAUCUUGCACAGCUCCGAGGACAAGGAUAUGAUGGUGCUGCGAAUAUGAGUGGUGCGUUUAAAGGAGUACAAUCUCGAAUUGCAAGUUUACAGCCUCUUGCAUUUUAUACACACUGUGCUAACCACAGAUUAAAUUUAGUGCUCAGUAAAGCAAGCACAGUACCUUCAAUUCGCAACACAGUCGGAAUAAUAACUAACAUUUAUAAUUUCUUAAGAGAAUCAGCUUUAAGAACUCAACUUUUAAGUGAAAAAAUAACAGAACUUUUUCCAUUCCAAAAAGCAGUAAAAGCUAAAAAGUUGUGUGAAACACGUUGGGUCGAAAGACAUGAUGGAAUUUUACAUUUUUUGGAAAUAUUACCAGCUAUAAUAGUUACAUUAGAUGAAUUAAGCUUUAGCAACCAUACAGGAAGCAAUGCACAAUCUCUAUCUGCAGCUAUUUUUACAGAGUAUUAA